AGUUAUGGCAGUCGACAAAAUGAAGGCGAUCUCCCUCUUCCUGGCGGCGCUCUGUGGUGUCGCAACGUCAUCGCCGGCGGCUCUUGGGCGGGAGACAGACGGCCGGGGGGGGAGAGCGUGCCCCUGCCAGCUCGAGCCCGCCAGCGACUGGUACCCGGGCUCUGGCGAGGGCAACCUGAAGUGGAACUGCCGGGACCGCCUUCUGCCCAGCGUCCCCACCUCCUGCUGGGCGGACAAUCCCAACGUGACGCAGGUGGACCUGUUCAACCACCACAUCACGACCCUGCGCGCCGGCGACUUCGACGCCCUCCACAACCUCCGCUUCCUCAACGUGUACAAGGGCUGGCUCAGCGCCGUGGAGGCAGGCUCUCUCCGGACGCUCACCACGCUCGAGCACCUUGACCUCGGCUUCGGCUUCCUCACCGAAGUGCCCGAGGAGAUCAGCCACAUGCCCCAGCUGCGCAUCGUGGGCCUCGAGUACAACCAGAUCAAGGAGGUGCCUCGGGAGCUGCUCCUGCCGCUCGCCGACAGCCUCGAGCAGCUCAUCCUCGUGAGGAACGAGGUCGAGGCGGUGCCCGAGCUCGACUUCCUGCCUCGCCUCACGUACCUCGACCUGGAAGCCAACAACAUCAGGAGCCUCCCGAAGAAGCUGCUGGGGGCGCUGAGUGCCCCGUGCGCCCUGUGGAUCAACGACAACCCGCUGAGCGACGUGGCGGCGAGCAUGCUGCUCCCCCUCCCCAACGGCAGCGAGAUCCGGACCAACGCCUCGGUCGUCGUCUGGGCGCAGAACGACGCCGAGAUGUCGUCGAUGUUCGACCGCGACUGGAGGGUCUACGACAAGAACCAGCACGACCUCGACCUGUUCGUCAUGACGCACACCUGCGACGAGCCGCACGACGCCCCGGCGGACUUCAUCCAUCCCUGCGAGGCCGAGUGAGCGUCGGGCUGAGGCAGGCGGCGUGCACUUGGAAUUCUGUCUCCAUCCUCUCUCCACAUAAAUAAAGUCUUCUAAAAAA